AUGUUCGUACAGAAGGCUUCUGACGUGCUGAACAUGGUCACGGAGCAAGAAUUGCCGAAGCACACGGACGCUCUUCUCGCCGUCCUAGUGCAAGCGGUACGAGGCGACGAAUCUUACGUAGGGCCGAUCACCAACUUGAUCGUGAAAAAGGCCGUUCGCGACCCGGACAGCAGUGGUCUGUACGCGUGUCUGUGUUCGGACGCGGUCACGAAGGCGUCCAAGACGCGCUAUUUCGCCGUGGUACACGACGUGUUCAUAAAGAAAAUGAAGACGUCGUGCCUGAGAGCGCUGAGAGAUUUGCCCAAGACGUACGAUCCGACGACGGGCUCGCAGACGGAAUACAGCGUGAGCAAAAAGGUGCGCGUCCGCACGAUGGAAACUUGCAGGUUUAUCGGCUGGCUGUUCAUGUUGAACAAAUUCAAGAUGUCGCACACCGUCAAGAAAACGGUCAGUGGUUUACUGGCGUCGGGCGACGCGCACUGCCUGGAAUGCCUGUGCGCACUGUUGCAGAUAAUCGGACCCAGAUUUGAAAUGGUUGACCAAGUGUCCAAACAUUGUUCAGCCGGAAAGGUGUAUAAAACUCUUGAGAAAUACGCUGGUAACGGCAUGCAACCCGCUCGAACAGUUCGCAGGAUUAACCGAAUCAUCCUAGAGAGAAACUACAAUUGGCUCGUCCGGAAACCGAGUUCUCUACAAUACCAGUAUUGA